GCCUAACACGGCACCGCCCGCCAGAUAGAAAUCAAGAGUAGGUACGGAUUUCGAAGCCAAAUACGAGGUGAAGCAGAAGCUGCUACGCGGUAAAUUAAUAAUUCAAUUAUCUCAAAGUAAUGAUUAAUUUAAUAAUAACAAUAAAAUAUAAUUGGUGCCGAGGACUUUGCCUUUUCUCUUUUCACUGUAACGAUAAACGAGAAACUGGUGAAAGCAAUCAACUUUUUCUUCGUUUCCAUAGUUGUCCUUUCCUUCUUUCUUUCCCUUCUCUCGUUCGUUUCCCGUGUCCAGUCUCUUUUCUGCUCUGCCAAGCCCUGGAGAGAGGACCAGAAAAUGGUAUCGGACUCGGAGCUAAUCGAGAGGCUCCGAGAAUUUCUUCGGAAUUCAGACCUCAACACGACGACCACCGCCAUCGUCCGCCGGAAACUCCAGGAGGAUUUCGGUGUGGAUUUGUCUGAUAAGAAGGCGUUCAUUAGGGAACAGGUUGACUUAUUCCUCCAAAGCGAGCUCGACAGAACCGAGCAAGAACAAGAACCUGAAGAAGAAGAAGAAGAAGAAGAAGGGGAUAAUCGGAGUUUGAAUGGUAAAUCUGAAGAAAGCGACGGUUAUGAUUUGAAGAAGGAAGAUGAGGAGGAAGACGACGGCGGCGAUGAAUAUGGAGAAGAUGCUGAAGUUGUAGAAUUUAGAAAUACAAAGCGUAAAAAACGGACAAACAAGCUAAGUAACGAGGUAAAGAAAAGAGGAAGUGGUUUUAGCAAAUUAUGUAGCCUUUCUCCACAACUUCAAGAAUUCAUCGGAGUGUCUGAAAUGGCCAGAACUGAGGUUGUGAAGCAAAUGUGGGCAUAUAUUAGAGAGAAAAAUUUGCAAGACCCAAGUAAUAAGCGGAUUAUACUUUGUGAUGAGCCACUGCGUGCUCUUUUUGGUGUUGAUUCCAUUGACAUGUUCCAAAUGAAUAAGGCCCUGUCAAAGCAUAUUUGGUCUUUGAACUCUGACGGGGUUGGUUCAGAUAAUUCAACACCAAAGAAAAAGCAACGGAAGCAAGACAGAGAAGCUUUGUUACAGGUUUAUAAACAUUCUUAUACAAACCUAAUCUUGAUCUCCAAUUUAGAGCCAGAUGAACCAAAAAGUAAGGAAAAGCGACAAAAGGGAGGGAAAUCAGGUUUUCUUGCUCCUCUUCAACUUUCAGGUGCUCUAGUAAAGUUUCUUGGAACUGGAGAAAGUGAAUUAUCAAGAGCUGAUGUUGUAAAGAGAAUGUGGGAUUACAUAAAACAAAAUAACCUCCAGGAUCCAUCUGACAAGAGGCGAAUACUAUGUGAUGAGAAGCUGAAAGAACUUUUUGAUGUUGAUUCCUUCAAUGGCUUUACCGUUUCAAAGUUCUUGUCUGCUCAUUUCAUAAAGACUGGCCAGUGAGCUGCUUCUAUAUUGUUAUCUCCAAGCCUAAGAAAAGUGUAACCUUUGCUUUCUGAGUUCAAUUAGUAUAUAACUGUUUCAAUGCCAACAAGGCAAACUGAAUAUCUGUAAAAAGAAAAACAAUAUGUAGAUUAAUCAAUUUCCAAGGAACGUCAUUUUUACAACUUGUUUCAA